GAAGUGGAGGCGGGACCGGCGGCCCGAAGAUGAUCCGCGCCCUCGCAGCCUCCCAGUCGCCCGGCCGAGCUCUGCGCCGAGUCCUCAGCAUGGCCAGCGCCGCCUCCCGGACCCGCGGGACCCUCGCCGACAAGGUGGCCCUAGUCACCGCCUCCACCGAGGGGAUCGGCUUUGCGAUUGCCCGCCGCCUAGGCCAGGAUGGAGCUCAUGUGGUCUUGAGUAGCCGAAAACAAGCCAACGUGGACCGGGCCGUUGCAGAACUUCAGAAGGAGAACCUGAGCGUGUCUGGGCUGGUGUGUCAUGUGGGGAAGGCCGAAGACCGGCAGCGCCUGAUUGAUGCGGCCCUCGAGCGCCACGGAGGCAUCGACAUAUUGGUUUCCAACGCGGCCGUGAAUCCGUUUUUUGGCAGCACCCUCGAUGCCACCGAAGAUGUGUGGGACAAGAUCCUGGAUAUCAACGUCAAGGCCACCGCUCUCCUGGUCAAGUUGGUUGUGCCUCACAUGGAGAAGAGGGGGGGUGGCUCCAUCGUCAUCGUCUCCUCGAUCGCUGCAUAUUCUCCAUUCCCGGGUUUGGGCCCAUAUAACGUCAGCAAGACGGCUCUCCUGGGCCUCACCCGCACUCUGGCCCCCGAGCUGGCCCCCAGCAACAUCCGCAUCAACGCCCUGGCUCCCGGGCUGAUCCGGACCAAGUUCAGCUCAGCCCUUUGGCAGGACAAAGCCAUGGAAAGCAAGCUGAUGGAGACCAUGCGGAUCCGGAGGCUUGGAGUCCCAUCGGACUGUUCCGGCAUGGUUUCCUUCCUUUGCUCCCCGGACUCUGACUACAUCACAGGGGAGACCAUGGUGGUUGGCGGGGGUGCCCCGUCUCGGCUCUGAUGGGGCCCCAGCCUUCAGCGGACUGAUGGAUGGACGAACUUCCUCGGCUCCGUGGCAGGGACAUUGGGGUGGGGGGUGAUGUAGUGUCCAAUCCGAUGGGACUUGUAGGUAGCUUUACAGGAGAGGUACUUGGUUAGCGGAGGUGGCCUGGUUCCCAUGAUUGGCAGCAGAGUGAGUUGGCAUGGGAAACAAAUCCCUUCUUAGGGGACUUAAGUGGGAGAUUGGGAGAGGAAGGCAAUGGAUCUCAGGGUCUUGUUUGGGGUUGGGGAAGGUAGAGGGGGGGAUUCCCUGUACACAAACCAAGGACGGGGUGUGUGUUCUACGCAGGAGGGAUAGCUUCAUGGCAAUCAGCAGAGUAAAGCUAUCCAAAUAAUGGGGUUCCCUUGGAAGGGGGAGUUAUCUCCACCCAUAAAACGGGAGAGGGCCUCUUUGUGGGUUUUUAGGGGAAGCCUUUGGGAAGAACAUUAAGAAGAGGGGAAUUGAGCUGGGGGUGGGGACCGCCCUAGAUCUCUUUUGCCCACAACAUUUGGAAGGGUUCUAAGUGCCUUGUGUGAUUUUUUUUUUAACCUGUCGAAAAUAAAGCACACGUCUCUGACUCCGU